AUGGCCUUCUCCGCCGGUAUUGGAGAGCGCAGUGGCCUCCGGUCACCUCGCGAGGAGCAGUCGUUCGCUUCUCUUACGAGCCCUCUCCGUGCGGUCGGCAGCCAGAUGGGAUCCUCCUCUGCCAACGACGCUCGAGGCCAACUGCACCGACGAUUCACUACAAACAAUAUCCCAACACUGAGCACCCCUCUGUCGCCGAUUGGACAGCAGCGAAGACAGGCGGCUGAGCCGACCGACUUCACCACUACUACCGCGACGUACCAUAAACUCCAAGUGCUAGAAAAGAAGAAGCUCGAAUACGAAUAUUUGAAAGAGCAGCGACGACGUUUUGAGGCUGAGAUGGAACUUAUUGAUAUGCAGUCUCGUGCAGAGGAAGAAGAGAUCAACCGACUCUCCUCCGACAUCAGGUACGGCAAGCACAGCCAACCGACCACCCCGCCCGAGUACGCGAACAGCACCGGAUUUCCGUCGUCCUUCUCGCGACCGAAUCGCUUCAGCAUGUCGGCUAUCAACCCUGGUUUGACCACCCCUCGCGGCAGUCGCGCCGGCUCUCAGAUCACCUCGCCGCCCUCCGCUCGUUCGCAGCAGGGUAACGGUUUCGCGGCGCAGUCUAUGCCCGGUUCUCGUCGCAACUCCGAUGAGGACGGCGAUGAUUUCAAUGAUGACUUCACGCCUGAGAGCCCGGUCCAUAUCCGCAACCCGAACCGGUUCUCUAUGCCCCCACUUGGAGCGCGCAACAACGAGGUAAACAUGCCAGAUAUGGGUUCGGUCCUUGAUUUCCUCAAGGAUGAGAACGAGCAGAGCCCGUCUACUGCUGGCGCGCCCUACUCGCUCCACAUGAACACGACGAAAGAGGGCGUUCCUAUCUUGGUACGUCAGAAUGGUAACGGGAACGGCAUGAAGCUGUCAACCUCUUCUGCUGCUCUUGAUCUUGCGCUUUCACAAUCCCCCGGUCCGGACGGCCAGUCCAAUGGAUGGGGUAGCCACCGUCAUCGUCAAGCUCAACAGUCGCUUCCUACUAACACUCUUCGCAAGGACUCGCAAGCUGAUGAGUAUGACGCUGGCAAACUCAACGGCGACAAGACCCCGAAGUCUACGGCGAGCAACCGUCGCUCAAUUGACCUGUACGCCCUGAGCAGCCCUCAGCGAUCCGCCUACACCAAUGGCAUGCCGAAGCUCCAGCAGUCGUUCUCCAACAACGAUGUGCCUACCUUGAAGAACGGCGAUGGUCCUACCAAUGGUUUCGGCCCGAAGACUCACGCUGAGCAGCAUCUGCGCAACCACAAUGCCAACUUGGGUCGUGUGCCCGCCAACGCCAUGGCCAAUCGCCAUAGCCGUGACUUGUCUGCCGGUCUGAACAAGGAGCAGGAGUAUCGCAACACCAACGGUGGGCCCUUUGGAUCCGCUCUUCAUGCGAGCGCUGCUCCCUUCGGUCCAGUCCUCCCGUCGCCUGCUGCCACUGGUGCCAUGUCGUCCAGCAUGGCCUCGCCUGUUGCCUCAAUGUACUCGAUGUAUUCCAAUGGCGGCUCCCCAGGCCCGGCCUACGUUGGCUACGGCAUGUCGGCCAUGAACAACGCCAUGGGCGGUAUGUCUCUUUCGCAGGGCCCUAUGUUUCCGCCCAUGUAUUCUGGUCCUGGCCCCCAGCAGUACGGUGCCUACAACCCGUAUACCACCUACGGUCGAGAUGGUCAGCCCCAGGACAGCCAGGCGCGUGUCAUUCAGAGCCGCCGCAUGCAGAACGAUGCCAACCGCUUCUUGAACUUUGACUUGAAGACGAUGGCGCGUCAGGACAUCUACACGCUGUGCAAGGACCAGCAUGGAUGCCGUUUCUUGCAGAAGAAGCUCGAGGAGAAGGAUCCUGAGAAUGUGCAGAUCAUCUUCGAGGAGACCGCACCUCAUGUGGUCGAGCUUAUGACUGACCCGUUCGGCAACUACCUCUGCCAGAAGCUGUUGGAAUUCAGCAACGAUGAGCAGCGCAACACUCUCGUGCGCAACGCCGCUCCGUCAUUGGUGUCCAUCGCUCUUAACCAGCACGGUACUCGUGCUCUGCAGAAGAUGAUUGAGUUCAUUUCCACCCCCGAGCAGAUCCAAGUCAUCAUCAACGCCUUGGGUGGUGAGGUUGUCGCUCUUAUCCAGGAUCUCAACGGCAACCACGUCAUCCAGAAAUGUCUCAACCAUCUCAAGUCCGAGGACGCACAGUUCAUCUUCGAUGCUGUUGGUGACAACUGCGUCGCCGUUGGCACGCACCGCCAUGGUUGCUGUGUCCUCCAGCGCUGCAUUGACCACGCCUCCGGCUACCAGAAGGUCCAGCUUGUUCGCCAGAUCACUGCCAACAGCUUCAACCUGGUCCAGGAUCCCUUCGGCAACUACGUCGUGCAGUACAUUCUUGAUCUCAACGAGCCGACCUUCACCAACCCGCUCUGCCUCGGCUUCGCAGGUCACAUUGCUGAGCUGUCCAAGCAGAAGUUCAGCUCAAACGUCAUUGAGAAGUGCGUUCGUUGCGCGGACAUGGACACCAAGGCUGUCAUGAUUGAGGAGAUGAUGCACGAGGAAGAGCUUGAGAAGCUCAUGCGCGAUUCGUACGGCAACUAUGUCAUCCAGACCGCUCUCGAGUUCGCACCAGCAGCUCUCUGUGUCCAUUUGAUCGACGCUAUGCGACCCAUCUUGCCCGGCAUCCGCCAGACUCCCUAUGGUCGCCGCAUCCAGAGCAAGGUCCAGGAGCGUGAGUCUCGCCUUGCUGCCUACACCGGCGGUCGUGCCUCAGGACACGUCUCGCCGCAUGGCACGAACGCUCCGACUUCAAACCCGGCCUAUGCUGGCGCUGGCCCAAUCUCCUCUGGCUACGCUACGGCUCCCAUGUAUACUGCGGCUGCCAACUAUGGCACAAACAUCGCCUCGCCGCAGCCUCACCGGAUGUCCAAUCCGCCGCUCCCGUCUCAGUUGCAGAACACUGUACAGUACCCUUCCUACCAGUUCAACAACGGCAUCCCCAACGGCAAUGGUCACGCCAACGGAAACUUCAACGGUGGCAACGGAAACUUCUUCUAG